AGAUAGUGAUUGUUUGCUAACAAUUGAACAACUUAAUCUUCUGAACCACUAAAUCUGAUCCUGACCAUAAAAUAAUGGCCGAUUUGCAUUUAAACGAUACAAAUUUAGGACAAAAUCGAACUUCGUUUCUUAUAGAAGAUAUCCUGUACAGACAAAAAUCGGAACAGGAGCAAAAUAUUGACGGUGUCGAUCGGGAAAAAGUAUUUCAGUAUACGAAAGCUCUGGAUAAACGGGUGGUGUCGCCGGAAAAAAGUGGUUAUAGUUAUUUUCAAUCGAAUGUUGUGCCGGGUGGUAUGAUGCAAAGUUAUACCCAACCAGAAACCGGAUACAUACAAGUUAUGGGAGCGUUAGGAGCUUAUCUCGGUCCUCCUUAUAAAAAUAUGACGGAUCCUUAUUUUCUCACACAAGGUAUUCCUUUCCAUCAUGCUUUAUUUGGAAGUUCGGCCAGCGAAAUAUCCUUAAACGCUCUCAAGCAUUGUCGAAGAAGGAAAGCCCGCACGGUGUUUAGUGAUCCUCAGCUAACAGGUUUAGAGAAGAGAUUUUCGGCACAGAGGUACUUAUCGACUCCAGAACGAGUUGAAUUGGCUAGUGCGCUAAGUCUAAGCGAAACUCAAGUUAAAACAUGGUUUCAAAAUCGAAGAAUGAAGCACAAAAAACAGUUGAGAAAAGUCCAAGAAGAAAAAGCCACGAAUUCAGUGAAAAUACCUUUAGAGUCGACAGAAAAAUUGGGAACUAAUCAAAACUUAAGGAACACCUGUCAAGAAAAACAAAUACCGAUGGGAAGUUCCGGACUAUCGUUAACGAAUUCAGAUUUGAGCGAUUGCGAAAGUGACAUUGAUAUAGUGGGAGACGCUAAGCAAAUUAACUUUAAAAGAGUUUAAUUUCUAUUUUUGUUGUAUUAUUAAUUUUUUUAUGAAUUUCCUUUUUUUAUUAAUUUUUGUGAUUGUUAUUUAUAUUUAGAACGUAUUUAUAGAGAGUAAUUGUGACAUGUACAUAUAUUAUAUUCAUGUAAUGUUAGUUUUUAAUUUGACGUGCAAUGUAAAAUUCGCAUUUUUUCGUUUGAAUUACUAUUAAAAAUAUAUUUAAAAAGCUC